AUGGCCUUAUGGAUGCUCUGGGCUGGACAGGCUAAGGGGACCCUGGGCGGCUGGGGGAUCACCUGCUUGGUGAUAUCUCUGCUCCUCCAGCACCCAGGAGUCCACAGCAAGUGCUACUUCCAAGCUCAAGCGCCCUGCCACCAUGAAGGGAAAUAUUUCACCCUGGGCGAGUCUUGGCUCCGCAAGGACUGUUUCCACUGCACCUGCCUGCAUCCCGUCGGUGUGGGCUGCUGUGACACGUCCCAACAUCCUAUCGACUUCCCCGCUGGGUGUGAGGUACGUCAGGAGGCAGGAACGUGCCAGUUCUCCCUGGUGCAAAAAUCUGACCCCCGGCUGCCCUGCAAAGGGGGAGGGCCCGACCCAGAGUGGGGCUCAGCUAACACCCCUAUUCCUGCGGCUCCUGCUCCCCACUCCAGCUAAACUCAACCGACCGCCCUUUUGCUGACUGCCCACUGCUGCUGCCACUUCCAGGGAAACCACUAGAAGCUGCCCAUUUAUUCUGAAUAAAUAAAUUAAUGCUACAGCUGA